CAGCAGACCCUCCCCAAAAGAAAAUCGAGGUCCGCGCCGUUCGGCAGCAGGAGGCGCGCUGCGCGAAAGCUGAAUCAAAACAAAACGAAGUUUGAAGAGAGGACGGGGCAGUGUAUGGUUGUUGCGUCAGCAGAAGAUAACACGCGGCGCGCUAUCGAACGCGGCAGCCUCACCGUCGUAAAGAGAACGCUGGAGGAAACGAAGGAGGAGUUGGUCAAAAGCAAGAAAAUUGUGGAAGAGAGCCAGGCUCAACCUCGCUGCCGCCGCCGCUGCUGCUGCUGCUGCUGCUGCUGCUGCUGCUGCUGUUUUUUUCAGCAGCAGCAACGGCGGCGGCAGGUGUCUGCGUGGCUUCACCGCCCGGCUGCUGCUCGGGUGUGUCAUGAGGCAUGUGUUCUAGAGUGGGACCGCGCAAUGGUGUUGUGCUGUGCCCCAUAGCAGGGCGCAAAGCACACAGGCAAGCUGCGCCCUCGCGCGUGUGCGUCAGAGGGUCUUUUCGGGAGGUUCCGACGGUUCCGUGCAAUUUCAUUGGUUGGUCGAUUUUCCAUCAGCAAGAUCCGAGGACGCUUUUUCGAAUUUUUUCCUAUAGGAAAUUUUCCGCUUUGACACCCCUAACAGUUGAAACACCCCCCUCCUGCCCAUUCCCCAUUCCGCACCCCCCCAUCCUUCCUGAAACCAGCUACGUCUGGGAAGAGCCGCUCCUUCCUCCCCGGUUGCUCGUGAGGGUGGGGCCGGACUUCCUGCGCGGCGGAGACCUGAACCGCGGGGACGGCGGCAGCGCUCCAGCCGUGGCAGCGGCGCGCCUUCAGGCCUGGGGCGUGGGGAGGGUUUCCUCCGAGGAGACGGGGACGCUGUCGGGGCCGAUCAAGAUCAUCAGGCUGGACGAAAUCGGUACCGAGGAAAAGCUGCCGCUCCCCGAGUGGGAAUGGGACCAUAGCGAUAGCGCCCGCAUGGGAGGGGGGGGGGGGGGCGGGCAAGGCGGGCAGGCUCGCCACAGUAGCAGCAGCGACAGCAGCGUCGGUGGUGGGGCGGGGAGAGGCGAGAGGUCCUCCUCGGCGGACUUGGGGAGGGGCGGUAGCGUGUCGGGCGCCAAGCACAUCCACGCGCGCGUGAGCGCGGAGGGCCGGACGAGGGUGCUGCUGAUCUCGAGCCACAAGGACAUCCGCCGGACCAUCUCGACGUUCGGGGCGAAGGAGGCAUCUCUGGUGAGGCAGGAGCAGCAGGGCCGGCUCGUGCUAGACAAAUACCUGAGGUACCUCACUGCGUUUGUGAGUCAACAAGACGCCAUUGAGAGGAGCCGGCGCACGUACUUCCGCGCGCUGGCCGCGCUGGAGGGCCGAUCCAGCCAGCUCUCUCCCGAGGCGGUGUCGCUGACGUGGACGGGCCCCUCCGCUGUGAGGCGCGACUUCACUCCCGCUGCCGCCGCCGCCGCCGUCAGCGUGUGGAGCAACUCUGGAAGCCCGAUGGCAACGCCGAACAACAAAACCACUACGGAGAACGGAAGGCCGGCGUCGUUGUCGUCAAAGGCCGAUACUCCGAGAGCGGGCUCUAGGUCUUUUCCCUCGCGGCGGAGACAAGGCGGAGACCCGCUGGCGCUGUUACCGGUGGAUUCUGGGGUGGUAACGCCGGCGGAUGCCGUUGCGGCUGAUGACACGGGGCCGAUGAGCAUGAAGAACCUGCGCGAGCUCGAGAGGAGGCUGGGCAUGAACGAGCCAAAGGUCCUGGAGGUGUUGGACGCUGAGCGUGUGCUCGCGAACGAGAUGAGGGUUGGUAUCUCGGAGACACACCAAGUCUUCGUCGAAGUGUUGGCUGCGGCAAGCCUUCGCCCCACGGGACUCCAGGGCUACUCGGACCCCUACUGCGUGUGCUACCUCAAAGUUCCCGACUCCACCGGGGGAUCCAAGUCCGCUGACGACCGAUUUCGGGGACAGGGCGGGGAGACCUACUUCUGCGAGAAGACGCUGAACCCGAAGUGGUCCGGGCAGCGCUUCAUUUUUAAGGUGCCCCCGGCGGCCGUGCAGCGCAAGCGCGGCCACGGCGUGCGGGUUCUGGUUCUGUCUCGGAACCUGGUUCGACCGAAUGACUUCCUCGGGCAAGCGGACGUGCCGUUGUCUCUGCUUCAGGACGAGAGGGAGCACGUGGGUUGGUUCCCCCUCAAUCGCCGAAGCUCCCGUCUUAUGCACCUCGCCGCCGGGGACAAGAUCACAGGCUCAGUCAAGCUUCGCGUCCAAUGGGUCUUCUCGCUGGAGGCGCUCUUGCUCUCUCGGAUUCGAGAUCUAGAGUUGUUCCUGGGCACCGUGGAAGCUAGACUGCAGCGGACAAGAUUGCUCAUCGAGAGGCUCAACAAGGAGGAGGCGAAAGAUAGAAAAACUCAGCUCGGCAUGACGGUGCGCGGACGGAAGGAGAACUCAAAGAUUGCCCGGCUCAAGAGGCACCUCGAGAAGAUGGGCUUCAAGGGCAUCGGCUCCGACAGCAAAGACGGCACAGGCAGCGCCCACGGGGACCACCGCAAGACGCCGCCCUUCAAGUCGCCGCUGAGAGGGGGUGGCGCAACUAUCCCCAUGCCCGGCGGUCAGCUCGCCUGCGCAAACUCCCUGACGCCGGCGAGCCCGACCGCACACGGCUACGGCAGCAGAAUUGUCGCGCCCUUGAGCUCGCCGUCCAGCGGGGGAGGGGGGCCAGGGUCAAGCAUCAACGCCGAGGGGCUUCGUGUGGGUGGUGGUGACGCCAAUGGUGGCGGCCAGGCGGAAAGUUCUCUGCUAUCGCUGGCGUCCUUAAGUCCCAGGCGCAUGCGGUCGUCCAUCAGUAUGGGCGACAGGCGGCUGUCGGCGUGGACUCUGAGGGGCGCGGUGCCGGCUAGCGCGGCGGCGGCAGCAGUGGGCGCUUUGACGGUCGAAAAAGGGGUUAAGCUGUUCCCUGCCUGGCAAUGCGUGCCCGUCGUUGCGGUGAUGGUUGUGUUUUCCCGCAGCUUGGAACCGAUGGAUAAACAAAUUCUGAGAUGGAUCGGCAACUCAACCCAAGGUAAGGUGCGCGCCAACGCGCUGAGAGGGUCACGCACCUUCAACAACAGCGCGGUAGACCUUAUCGCGGCGGCAGGUAACGCCGAGGUUGGCGUCAACGCCACCACGGCAAGUAAUUUCGCUUCCCCACGCGCACCCGGCGGCGGCGCCGGUGAGGACAACACCGUCGAAGACGCUACGACUCUCUUUGAACGAGGGCUUGACAGAGAUAGCGCCACCGAGGGAAACGGCGGCGGGGGCGCCGGCGGCCGCAGCAGAGCAGCAUCGGCAGGAAAAUCAGCAGCGGGCAGACCCACCCGUACCACGCCCAGGUUAGUAUCAACGGUCUCGCAGGACGACGGCGGUGGCGGCAGCGGCGCUACCAGGGCAACUCGUUCCGCUACAACCGGCAUGACGCACCAUCAGCAGGAAAUGGUGGCCGAUGUAGUUAGCCACGGUGCUGCUGAUCCCAGGGAGGCGUGGUCCGGCAUCGGGGCAGGCGAGGUCGAGACGGCGGCAGAUGCGGGGGCGGCAGCUGCAGCGUUAAAGGCUGCCGCGGCUGCUGCCGCGGCGGCUGCGGAGGCGGAGCUGGCGCGACAGAGGGACCCCCUGUGGAAGUACAAGCAGCAGGCGUCCAUGCUGCCCCUCCUUCAACGGCCGAGCCUGAAGGACCUCCUGCGGCACACGAGGGAGGCCGUGGUGUGUGAGAUGGACCUGAGCCACCAGCGAGUCAUGCGGGAUGGCGGUGUUCUCCGGAUACAGCCUCUCCAGGCAAGGAAAAUGAUAUCGACAAUGAGCGUCGACAAUGAGCACGUGCUCGUCCCUCCUGACGGAGGCGUUUUGUGA